CAAACAGCCAAUGUUUGAACACCUCCUCCUCGCGCUGCUCCAAACAGGUUUUCCAUCAUCUACGGGACAUCAAUUCGUCCACGAUGUCCUCCAGAGGUAAAAAUGACCUGUGCCGAGUGUGUGGCGGAGCCCUGCAGGGAAACCAGAGGCGGUGGUUGUUUGGUGGUCAAAAUAAGAAGAAUGGUCAGCCUCACACCCCGACAGAGUCCCUCAGAGGAGGAAGUCUGUCCAGGUCCUCGCAGAGCAGCCCCUGGGGCAGCACAUUGUCUCUUGGUUCGUCAGCGUCUCUCUCCAAAUCCCAGUUAUCCCUGAGCUCCCCGUCCAAAGGAAUGGAUCUGCUCUCGGUGUUGACCCACAUACUGGGGCAGUCUGUGCUGCGGGGCGACGGGCAGGGGGAGUUUGUGUGCGGCAAAUGCAUGUGCGUCCUCGAGCGGGUCUUCAAGUUCGACUCGGUGAUAGCCAGGGUGAGGGUGCUGUCGUCCGAGAGGCUGCAGAAGCUGACGCAGGAAAGGGACAAGAUCAGACAGUGGGUGCGCCAAAACUACUACCAGAGACACCCGCAGGAGUUCCAGAGCCUGGGCAGCACCAGCGAGGAGGAUGGAGAGGCGGAGAAGGAAGGCUACAGGGAGAUGCUCAGAGAGAAUAUGGCUCUCUCAGAGUACGAGUGCUGGUCUGAGAAGUGGGAUACAUGUCCGUAUUUUAUAAGAACGGGUAAAAGAUGUAGGAAGGGGAAAGGAUGUGAAGGCUGUGACUCCUUACGAGUGUCCGACUCGGACUACGAGUCUGUUUGUGGGGUUCCUCGCCGCUUACCUUUGCGACCUUUCUCCCCGUUGCCAUUGUCACGGGACAAAUCUCAGAGCAUGCCCCUCCACUGGCAGAGGAUACCAUCCAUCAACUCCACCCCGUCUUCACUGGCGGGGUCAACACUCUCCUUACAAACGUCUUCCCGCACCGAGUCCAUUCAGUCUCUGGACUCUCUUGACGCCAACGACCCGUUUGACUCACCGAGUGAGUUUCAGUCUGCCAACUUUUUGCUGAAGGAGCUGAGGAGUAUCGAAGGGAAGCCGAUCAGCUCGCCAUCGGGGAGUAGGAUCCCAGUUCUGGGGAGGAAGGACGGCAGGUACUUGGGGAAAGCUGGAGACAUGCCGUCCAACUCGGUGAACAGGGUGCUGAGCUUUGGGGAUGUGGAGAACGGAGGGGAUGUAGUGGAUGGAGAGGACGGCGAUGUGCUGACAGAGCUGAGGGACGAGUUCAUGCCUCUUCAUCAAGAGAGCGCAACCGGUCGGGUUCACAACGCUGUCAGACACAUGCGAGGCCAGCUGGACCAAGCCGUGUCCCGCAUCAGGACCCUGGAGGCCGAGCUGAAACACGGGAGGAGCAAACCAGCUGAAGAAGUCAACGGAUCAGAAGACUGGGCGCCUCUCGUCCAGGAGGAGGUCGGCGUUUCCCUGCUGCAGAGCCUCGGUCACUCCCUCCACAGCCGGGAGCGUCUGAUCCAGGAGUGCAUGAGUCUGAUCAGAAGACUGUGCGUGGAGGAAGGUGCAGGCACUGAGCUGAUCAACAAGCUGACUGAGAAUCUGAAGGAAAUCCUCUCUGACAACAAGGCUGCCUUGGAGGCUUUGAGGUCCGAAAUGUCAGAGAAAGAGAAGGGCAUGGAGAAAGAGAUCGAGGCGUUGAGGAAGGCUGGAAGAGAACGAGAUAGAGACCUCGACACACUCAACAUCGUGCUGCAGUGUAACCAGGAUGUUAUCAACGACCUGCGAGUGGCUCUGGGCGAGAAGGAGCGACUGCUGAAGGAGGUGGAGAAAGAGAGGGAGGUGUGGAGACAGAGGGACCGGGCCCUUGAUACUGUCCUGCAGGAGAAGGAGACUCUGAUCCACUGCCUGAAAGAGGAGCUGGGGAACUGUCAGAAAGAUGAGAAGGAGUCGGGCGGCAGAGGGAGUCAGAGGGCAGCCUUGUUGGAGGACAGAGUGGGAAACAGCACCAUCUUGUGCACAGAGGUCACCAAACUUACCACAGCCCUGCAGGAGUACCAGGACCUGGUGCAGAAACAGCAGGAGAGUCACAGUCAGACGGUGUCCUCCCUGACGGAUCAACUCCAAGGCAUUCGGCAGGAGCUGAAGGAGAAGCAGAAGGAGAAGAAGGAGGCCGAUCGAUCCUGGCAGAACAGCAGAGAGGACAGAGAGAGACAGGAGAGGAAAGUGAGGGACAGCCUGGAGAAGAGAGACAAACUCAUAGAGCAAAUCCUGUUGGAUGCCGAGGAGCGGGACCAACUGUUCAGAGAGCUGCAGCAGAACCUGCAGAACAAACGUGAACCUCUGACCGCCGUCAAACACACACUGUGAUAAAGGACAGAAGAACUGCACGGAGACGAGAUUACUUUUGCACUUUCUGCACCACCUUUUCAACGUAAUUUAUCGUGGUGUAUAUUAAGUCUAUUUAUAUUUAUCUCUCUUUUCCAUAAUUACUACUAAACUCAGUGGAGUGAAUCAGUCAUUUCAGACUUCAGGAGUCAGACACAGGCUGAUUGUUUUCAGGUCCAACUUCUUCUGACUGGAUGUUUAAUACUUGAUUUAAAAAUCACAUGAUUGCUGUAUUUAGUUUUUUUUUUUCGAAUGUAAUGGGUCUAAUUGUUAGGAGGUGAUUUCAUUUCAUAGAGUGAGUUUGUUUGCUGAUACAAACGUGUCUGAAUGGUAUUGUGAGUGGAUCUAACGUGUGAAAUUUGGGUAUGAUUGGGUGAGAUUUAAAUCUGUCUGUCUCCUUUCCAUGAAACACUUCACAGUGUGUAUUUGUGUUUUUUUGUCUUUUUACUUUGUCCGUACAGAGCUGCAUUUUUUUUGUUUUUGUUUACAGUGCUGUCUUAGCACUUGUGGAGGGAAUACUUAGGACCAAAAUAAUAUUUUUAACUGCCUUAAUCUUCUUGUUUUUAUUGCUCUCUCUUUUUUAAAACUUUAUUUUAGAACAAUUCUCAAUUAUCUUCAGUGUUUACGUGUCUUGUAUUGUUCGUCUGGGACGUAUUCCUGGAGACGUUUUCUUUCUUUUAGUUCAAGAGAAUUAAACACUCUGAUUCAAAUUAUUUUAUGUCUACAGACACUGUUAUUUUAUAAACCAUCACUGAUGUUUGGUGAUUAAAUAUGAUCUUCAAACUA